AUGUUCAGCUCAACCUCUUUUGCGUUUGCUUAUUUUGCGUUCUCUUCUCUCGUUGCGGAAGCUUUGCCUGCACCUGCCCCAUCUGCACCAUCGUUUUCGCUCCAAUCUUAUUACCACGGACCGCCAGCCUGGAGCCCCUCGGCCACGUACGAAUCGACUUCGACCUUCCCGACCCUCUCUAUCGGAUCACAACACAUCGCACCUUCUGGAAUUGUCCCUCUGGAUAUCUCGCCUCUGGCUCUGGAUUUUACCCAACCGCAUCUGGAUAUGCUUGGCCUACUGGAACUGGAUUCCCUUCUGGACACCGCCUCGGCUUCUGCUAACAGCACCCUCGCCUCGUCAACAUCAGUCGUUGCUUCUAGCUCUGCAACUACCUCCACCGCACCUGCCGUUCUCCCCGACGUUCUUCGCGGAGUGAACAUUGGCGGCUGGCUUAUUCUCGAGUCUUGGAUGAACGGGGACGUCUUUGCCAACACUGACGCCAAGGACCAGUACUCUUUCGACAGCUGUGACGGCGCCAAAGACAAGUUGGAGCAACACUGGUCAACCUACUUCACCGAGUCCGACGUUGUGGGACUGGCUGCCGCAGGGAUUAACGCUGUGCGUAUCCCCAUCGGUUUCUGGUCCUAUGUUGAGUCUGCACCCUACCUCAUGGGCGCCGAUGCUUACCUGGAGAAGGCCAUUGGCUGGUGUCGCAACCACGGCAUCAAGGUUCUCGUCGACUGCCACGGCUCGCCUGGCUCGCAGAACGGAUUCGACAACUCUGGCCGCUCAGGCAACGUUGCCUGGCAGCAAGAGGACAACAUGGAGCAGAGCAUCAGCAUCCUCGAGACCAUCGCCAAGAAGUACGGUGCUCAGGAGUACGCUGACGUGGUGUUCGGAAUCCAGCUUGUCAACGAACCCAUCUCGUGGGACCAGAACAACAUCGACACGACCAAGGAAUGGGCGAAGAAGGCUUAUGCAGCUGUCAAGUCUGCAUCGACCAACCAAGACCUUGCUGUUAUCAUGCACGAUGGCUUCAUGGGACCUUCUGACUGGGAAGAGGUCGGCUCUGCUGUCAACGGAGACGCUUCUCUUUCUGAUGCCAAGUUCUGGAUCGACACCCAUCUCUACCAGAACCAGGUUUCAGCUGACUCUCUGCUCACCCAAGAUCAACAUGUCGCCAAGGCUUGCAACUGGCAGUCGACCGAAUUACUACCUUCAUCUUCGAAGCUGCCUGUGAUUGUUGGCGAGUUCAGCGCCGCCACCAACAUCUGCGCCAACCCUGAUGGUUCCACUGUUGCUGGCAGCGUCUGCUGGACUGACGGCUGCCAAUGCUCGGCCAACGUCCCCAUCGAGAACUGGAACCAGCCUCUUAUCCAAGCCACGCGCAAGUUCCUUGAAGCCGAGCUCGACACAUUCGAGGCACAUGCUCGCGGCUACUUCAUGUGGAACUUCAAGGGUGCCGGUGCUUGGGGCUACCAGAACGCCGUCAAGUAUGGCUUGAUUGGAGACAAGAUCACAGACAGAAAGUACCCUGCUCGGAAGCAUCUAUCUACCACACACAAUGUCCGCCGACACAAUCAGCAACCCCCUCAGCCCGCCGGCGAGUCCAAGAGCGCUCGCAAGAAGCGUGAGAAGGCCGAAGCCGCUGCUGCUGCUCAAGCCGCCAGCCAGCCUCAGCAGGACAGCGACGGCCAGAAGACGCCCGACCUCGCAGACACCAACGGCGAUGCCUUUGAGAGCUCCUACGUCAAGGAGUUGCAGAAGAACAUCCGCAAUGUGAACAAGAAGCUUAAUGCCAUGACCAGACUGGACUUUAUCCUCGCCGAGAACCCUGGCAAGUCUCUUGACGAACUCCUCGCUGCCCGCAAGAUCAACGCCGACCAGAAGGCCCAAGCAUCCAAGAAGCCCGCUCUCCAGGCUUCGCUCGCUCAACUCGAGGAACAGAUCGCUCAGUACAAGAAGGUCGAUGCCGACUACCAGUCGCGCAUGUCCGCUCAGCACUCGCACCUGACCUCAACCCACCAGGCCGAAAUUGAGAAGCUAAAGGCCUCUCUGAAGGAGCAGCUCGAGGACCAACUCAACUCUGCUCUGCGCCAGAAGCUACUUACCUUCAGCCAGUUCCUCAGAGCUGCUGCCGCCAAGCGUGUCGUUGAAGAGGAGGCCGACACUGAUGAGUCAAAGGCAUUCGAGGGUGCCCUGCUGCUGGUCUACGGAGGUGACGACAAGGCCGUCGAUGCUGUCAUGAACUUGAUUCAGGGUUCUGACGAGCAGGUGCCCUCGGUUGAGGGCGAGCUUCUGCCUGUCAAGUAUUCGCAAGUCAAGCAGGCUGCCGUUGGUUUCGGCGCAUUCCCUGGCGAGGAGGCUGCUCAAGAGGAGGCCUCUACCGAGUCCACUGACGCUACCACUGUCCAGCCUGAGGACACCAUCCCUUCGAGCGAUCCCACCAUUGCACACGCCGGCCUCACCGAGCUUGGUCUGAAUCAGCCCGCAGAGGAGGAGAAGCCGAUCGUCGUUGCAGACGAUCAAAUCGCUGAAGCCUCCAUUGAUGACGGCUCUGCCAACAAGUCCGCCGAGACACAGUGGGACAACGCUGCUGCCACCGCCGGCACCGAAGAGCAGCUUGACGACUCAUACGAGAUGGUUCCCCGUCCCGCCGACGAGACCGAGGCUGUCCACGAACCCGCCCAGCCCCAAUCGACCAGCUCUUGGGCCGAUCAGACAUCUGCAAACGCCACCGCUACCGAGGCUGCUGCCGAGAACAACAACACCACCAACGGUCUUGCCUCGACCGAUGCCGAGGGAUACCAAUCUGUCGAGAGACGCGGAGGAAGAGGAGGACAAGGCCGCGGAGGCCGUGGACGUGGCAGCCGUGGUGGCCCUAGAGGCGGACACCGCGGCAGCUUCAGAGGAGGCCGUGGUGACGGUCGCGGUCGUGGCCGUGGCGGAGCCCCUCAGCCUCAGGCAUAG